AUGAAGCUCUCUCUGGGUCUGCUGGUCUCCUCACUCGUGUUGUCGGUAGCUGGCCUUACCGACUUGGAACCACGCCAGUUUUCUAAUUCAUCGGUGCUGUUGGCAGUGCCAGACUGUGCUGCUCGUUGCAGCCAGCUGGUGGCCAAAAACUUCCUAUGCGACCCUGCAACGCAAAAAUGCAUUUGCGACCAACCGCAGCUCGAGGCGUCGCUACAGGCUUGUUUCAUAGCCAUUUGCCCACCUGUGGAGAUGUACAUGUCACAAGCCGUCUUUGCUGGAGUUUGCCAGCGACCCGUGCGCGACAGAUCUGUGGUCACCGGGGCCACUACSUACACCCUGUAUGGCAUUGCUGCGAUGUUCACGAUCGCUCGUUUCUUGUCGCGUAACUCAUUGUUUGGAGGAGCAGGAUACAGCUGGGAUGAUCACACCGCUUUCAUUUGUUUCGCAGCAAGUACUGCCAUCCUCGGUAUGCUGGUGAAGGUCCAGGAGAAUGGGUUCGGUCGCGACCUGUACACUCUGCCGGAUCCCAAUAUCCUCGAAAACUUCCUCUUCUGGUUCUACUGUGUCCAACCACUUUACAUUGUUGUAACUUUCAUCAGCAAGGUAUCCAUGGUGUUGCUCUACCUUCGGACUUGGCCAUCAACGCUCCGCUCAUCCUUUGGCAUGAUUUGCUGGAGCGCCAUCGGUCUGCUGCUCACAACAUUCAUUGCAUCUGUCUUUGUGACGAUCUUUCAAUGCACUCCGAUCUCAUACAACUGGCACGAUAUUGGGAACUCUACGUCACACUGCACCGAUCGCGUUACGCAGGUGUAUGCCACGGCAUCGAUUAACAUCUUCUACGACAUCAUGGUGCUGUCCAUCCCACUUGCGAAACUCAUGGAUCUUGACAUCACCUUCCGUCAAAAGGCUGGCAUCAUGUUUGUCUUCUUGGUCGGUAUCGUCGUCACUGUAUGCAGUAUCGUGCGACUCCGCUAUCUCUCGGUCUUCGGCGCAUCUCUCAACUUUACCUACGACUACUCCUUCCUCGGACUCUGGAGUAUCGUAGAAGUCUACACUUGCAUCAUUUGUGUCUGCAUGCCUGCUGCUACAGGUUUCUUCCGAAGAAUUCACGACUGGGCAGCUGGACCCGACGCCGACGACGACGAGCACGAUCUCACCGAGAGCUUUGACAUGGAAGGCCAUGGCCAUGCGGAGAUGGCCCACGAACUCGAAGACGGCUCCAAAUUCAGCUCCUUCGCAAAGGGUCAUGCAGAUUUGGAAAAGGCAAACUUCAAGGGCGCGAGCGCCAACCGGAAAUCCGUCACAUCGCCAGCGCCUCUACUGAGCCUUGAGAGGAACUGUGCGCGAUCUGACACAGCCCACAGCCGGAUCCCGGAGCUUCGAUACCGGGAUGAUGAGAACAGUAUCUUCUUGGAAGUCACGCACGAACCCAACAGCAACGAGCCUGUACGGGCGAAGCUUUCCUACGUUGACCGGCAGGAGACGCUUCACACGAUUGAAAUCGAGGGGAAGCAUCCAGAUGCCGUGAUUGACCAGUAUUGA